CGCCAUGGAUAAGAGCCACACAGUGAAGCUCUUUGUGGGCAACCUGGCUCUGGACACCACCCAGGAGGAGCUGUCGGCCAUCUUCGAACCCUAUGGCCAGGUCGUCAGCUGCAGCGUGCUGCGGCAGUUCGCCUUCGUGCACCUGCAGGGCGAGGGGGCCGCUGAGCGAGCCAUCCGGGAGCUCAAUGGGCGGGAGUUUCGCGGUCGGAAUCUGGUGGUGGAAGAGUCGAGGGGACGGCCGUUGCACUCCACAAAAGUGUUUGUGGGCAACCUGAGUGGGAUGUGUACCACCGAAGACCUCAAGCAGCUGUUCCAAACUUUUGGGAAGGUUCUUGAGUGUGACAAAGUCAAAGGUAUGCAACUGUGGUUUAUUUCAAGGGACGGUGUUAAUGGCCUUUUUCUGAAGUGGUGUUCUAUGAACAAUUUCAGUGUUACUUUUUAUUAGAUAUUAACAGUAUAGGAUUCCUGCA